AUGAAAUUGCUGCUUUUGUUGGUGUGCUCGUUGGCUGCGGCCAACGUUGUUGUUGAGUAUGUGACUGUCACUGCGUUCGUCACCAUGAAAAAGGGCCAGCUUGGCGGGGCCGGCCCAAGUCUGGCAGUUGAAGAAAGCUUGUGGACUGAAACCACAGAGAUCGCUCAGGAUCAGAGCACAAAAGCGGUCAGCACGCAGCCGGCUCUGCAGGAGUCUGAGGCGGCCGCUAGUCCUUCUCAGGCGUCUGUGCCUUUAGCCGCGGCUGAAGUGUCCAGCGAGCCAAGUUCGUCACCAAGUUCGUCGCCAAGUUCGUCUGCUCCUGGACCGGUCCAGUCUCAAGCUCCGGCUCAGUCUGCACCAGCCCAUCACGCUCAUACUCGUGCCUCGUCUGCUCAGACUUCAUCUGCACCAGCCCAGACUUCAACUGCUCAGACUUCGUCUGCACCAGCCCAAUCUUCCUCGCAAUCCCAGUCGGGCUCCUUCUCCGGCGACGGAACAUACUACGACACCGGCAUGGGCGCGUGUGGCAUUACCAGCACGGAUUCCGACUUCAUAGUUGCCGUCAGCAAAGACUUGUUUGACCAGUACACGCCCAACGGCAAUCCAAACCACAACUCCUUGUGUGGCAAGAAGAUCGAGGCCUUUUACGAGGGCAAGUCGGUGGAAGUCACUGUGGUGGACCGUUGCGAGGGCUGUGCGUACGGAAGCUUGGACUUCUCGCCUGCGGCCUUCCGCCAGUUGGCCGACCAGGGCUUGGGCAGAAUCAAAAUCACAUGGAACUGGGCCUAG